CACCUCGAGACUCGAUGUCCGCCGUCAACGCCCUGUCGCGUCUUGCAGUGCCCGCCUUCAUCGGCAUCUCGCUCGCACAGGCCAGUCUCUACGACGUCCCCGGUGGUCACCGCGCCAUCCUCUUCGACCGCUUCUCGGGUGUCAAGGAGGAUGCCAUCGUCGAGGGCACCCACUUCCUCCUGCCCUGGGUCCAGCGCCCGAUCCUCAUGGAGACCCGCAUCAAGCCCCGAAACAUCUCGACGACGACGGGCUCCAAGGACCUGCAGACCGUGUCGCUCACGCUGCGCGUCAUGUUCCGCCCCGACAUCCGCCACCUCGCCACCAUCUACCGCUCGCUCGGCACCACCUACGACGAGCGCGUCCUGCCCUCGAUCGGCAACGAGGUCCUCAAGGCCACCGUCGCCCAGUUUGACGCCGCAGAGCUCAUCACCCAGCGCGAGGUCGUCUCGGCCCGCAUCCGCGAGGACCUCCUCAAGCGCGCCGGCGAGUUCAACAUCAUCCUCGAGGACGUGUCGCUCACGCACAUGACGUUCGGCAAGGACUUUACGCAGGCCGUCGAGCAGAAGCAGAUUGCCCAGCAGGAGGCCGAGCGUGCCAAGUUCAUCGUCGAGCGGUCCGAGCAAGAGCGCCAGGCGGCCGUCGUGCGCGCCGAGGGCGAGGCCGAGGCGGCCACCAUCAUCAGCCGCGCCCUGAGCAAGGCCGGCGACGGCCUCGUCCAGUUCAGGCGGAUCGAGGCGAGCAAGGAGAUUGCGGGCACGCUGGCUUCGGGCCGCAACGUCACCUACCUUCCGGGAGGCGGCAACGUCCUCCUCCAGGUCCCCUCGCAGCAGUAGUUCCCUCCUCGUCGUCCCUUGUACCGAUACUAGUAGCAUCUCGCUCCUCUCCCUCUACCCCCUCUCCUCGUCGCGACGGAGCUACGAAAACCACGAUGUUCCGUCUC